UUGCUGUGGAACCCGCGAAGAGCGCGCGACGAAAUUCUCGCCAAGUUUUCGUUCAGUCGGUGCCUGUUUAACGCGUUUCUCGCCGGUUAUGUGAUUUAUAUCAUAAUCUGCUUUGUGGUUUUGUGACUGUCUGAUAUGCUUUCUCGUAUCUCGCUGUUUUGUACCGGAUGGUGAUUUAAAUUUUACACAGAAGCGAACAGAAUAUCAUGUUCUAAUACCUCAAAUCCAGCAGCUGAACGAUUGUUAUAAAUAAAGAUGUUGAGCAUGAAAGCGCAGGUGGAUGUGAUCUGCUGUAAGUCAGUAGGAACUGAUCUGUCCAUGCUGGAUAUUGAGGAUUUCAUCACAGAAAUCUGUCAGCUGAAGAAAGAGGUGGCGUCACUGGAGGCAAAGCUGAGAGAAAGAGGAGACAAACUGAACAGAGAGGUUUCAGCGCGUGUGACUGAUGGGACAGAAGCUCAGGAUUCAGUCUGGAGCGUCAGAGAUCAGAGAUCCAGGGACACACAGGACUCAGAGCUCAGCCUCACUUUACUCUGUUUUACUGACGCUCAGGAUCAUGAAUCCACUGAUCAAACCAUUGACUGUAACGCUGGAGAACAGCAGAUGCUGCAGACGCCGCUGAAGAUGUGCUCCGUCAAACUGGUGGACUGCAGGAACCUGAUAGAAGAAACCACUGCAGAGGAGCAACAACAGACUGAUGAGGAAGAUGAUUAUAAUGGGAAUGAUGAUGAUGAUGAUGAAGAUUUCAUUCCUCCAGAUGUCAAUGGUGGUUUAUGUUCUGAUGGAGAUGAAGAAAAAGCCUCGAUCCUUAAAGAACAGCUUGAGGCCAAGAGUUUUUCCUGCACCACCUGUGGAAAAACAUUGAGUUCACAGGGUCAUUUAGCGAGACAUGAGAGAAAACACACAGAACAGAAAGUCUUCACCUGUAAGAGAUGCGACAUCAGCUUUCCUGCCGCAGAAGAGAGGAGACUUCAUUCAAAAGAGCACAGCAUGAAGAAGGAGUUUCACUGCGAACAGUGCGGGAAGGUUUUUUUCACCACUUCUUUUAAUAUGAAAGCUCACAUAAAGAGACACGACGAAAAGUCUUUCCACUGCAGCGAAUGUGACAAGUAUUUCAGCACCAAAGGAAAUCUCACUGUUCAUAAGCGAAUCCACACGGGCGAAAAGCCGUACAAGUGUCCUCACUGCGAGAGAAGAUUCAUGUAUGGAUCUCAUCUAAAGAUACAUGUGCGUUUGCACACCAAUGAGAGGCCGUACCAGUGCAGUGAAUGUGGGAAAGGCUUCAGGCAGUUAUUUAGUCUAAAGUCACACCAAAAAAUGCACUCAGGUGAGAAACCGUAUCAGUGCAAAUACUGCGACAGACGAUUUGGUCACAAAUCCUAUCUGAACUGUCAUGAGAGGACUCACACCGGAGAGAAACCGUAUCUGUGCUCCUACUGCGGGAAGAGCUUUUCCAGUCCAGCUCAUUUUGGAUUUCAUAAGAGAAUUCACACUGGAGAAAAACCGUAUCACUGCAGCGUCUGUGGGAAGAGUUUCAGGAAAGUUGAUACUUUACAAAAGCACAAGCGGAUUCAUACUGGAGAAAGACCGUUCAAAUGCUCACAGUGCGACAAGACGUUUGCUCGAUCAGACGUCCUGAAGGUCCAUCAGCGAGUUCACACGGGAGAGAAACCUUACUCCUGCUCCAUCUGCGGCGAGAGAUUCGCUUAUUUAGGAAGUUUUCAGACCCACCAGAACAAACACACUAAAGAACAAACUGAUCCAGGAUCAUCAGAGUGACUUUUUAUGUCUUGGUCUGUCAAUAAAAACGCUUUAUUUUUGCAGUUGCUUUCAUCAUUCACGUGUCAAUUUUUGCAAAACAAGAAACAAAAUAAUGUAUAUACACACACACACACAUACAAUAACAAUAAUGAGAUCAAAAAGUCUAAAUUAUGGCCAUCGGAGUCAUAACUGACAUGGGUCUUUGUCAGAAUAUCAAUUUAUGUCCAUUCAAAUACUUUGGAUUUGUAAAAAUGUCAACUAACCAUCUAAAAGUUGUUACUCAAAUGUACUGUUUGUUAAUAGAACUAUUAAAAAAGCAGAACUGUUGAAUAAAUAUUGUAUUCACAAUUAUCCUGUUCUGGAGAAGCUGUUGUGCGAUUGGAUUAUUCUUACUUUGAUUUUUAAAAAAUACCCCAUAUUCUAUAGAUAUAUACUGUAUGUUUUAAUUUUCAUAAUAACUUUGCGUUUUAAACAGUUUUAAAUAGAGCUCUAUUAGAAGAGCAGCAACAGUUCGUCUGAUAGUAACGUUAAUGGUAACAGACAGUUGGUAUCAGGAUAACGGUCAAUAACGGUUUUUUAGGCGGGGCUUCAGAUAGAGACAGUCAUUUCCAAGAUGCAUCUCUAAAUGGUAUACUUUCUUUAGCACUAUAGCCUAUAUAUAAAUUUUCUCUUAAUUCUGGGUGAAAUAUGAC